CAAACAUUUCAUAGAGAUUUGAUUAUUUAAUUAACUUCAUUGCUUCAUUGUUUUCUGGCUUUUCUUAUUAUUAUAUUCCCAAACACAGAAAAUAUGACUAUCCUCAUUGAGCAACCAGAGCUAUCAACAAUGGCAGAAGCUCAUCAAGAGAGAAUUGAUGAGCAAAUGAGAAAUGAGUUGGUCUUAGAUGGUGGAUUUCCGUUGCCUAAGCCCCUCUCAGAAGAUGGAUUCAAAGCCCCUCAAAUCAACUCUUAUGGCCGCUCUUUUAGAAACUAUCAUGGUGAAAGCGCAAGGCAAAAGUCUGUGGAGGAAUUCUACAAAUUACAACACACCAACCAAACUUAUGAAUUUGCCAAGAAGAUGAGAGCCGAGUAUGGAAAGUUGAACAAGGCGGAAAUGGGCAUAUGGGAGUGUUGUGAACUUCUUGAAGGAAUCGUCGAUGCAAGUGAUCCUGAUUUAGAAGAAUCUCAAAUUCAACAUGCUUUUCAAUCUGCUGAAGCUGCUAGAAAAGACUAUCCAAAUGAAGAUUGGUUGCAUUUGACUGCUCUUAUUCAUGGUAUUAUUCUUAGCACAUACUUUAACGAACUAUUUACUAACACAAAAAAAAUGAUAUUUAUUAUUGCAGGAGAUUCAUUUCCUCUUGGCUGUGCUUUUGAUGAAGCAAACACUCACCACAAGUAUUUUAAGAACAAUCCAGAUAACAACAACCCUGCUUAUAACACUAAAAAUGGGAUUUAUACCGAAGGAUGUGGAUUAGACAAUGUUAUCAUGUCUUGGGGACAUGAUGAAUACAUGUAUUUGGUGAGUGAUGAGUCCAACAAAUUAAAUAUGCAUGAAUUUACAGCUUUAUUCCAAACUGGGGCAUAUAAACACUUGUACCGUGAAGAGGAUGUUGAAAAUUUGAAGUGGCUUCACAUAUUCCACAAAUAUGAUCUGUACAGCAAGAGCAAUGUUUUAAUUGAUGUUGAAAAAGUUAAACCAUACUAUUUAUCUCUUAUUGAGAAGUAUUUCCCAUCAAAGCUCAAGUGGUAAUUAAGUGGAAUCUGGGACUGGUCAUGCAUAUAAUUAUUGUUUACUUUUCUUGUCUUGUCUUUAAUUAAGUUUUAAUAAUGUUAGAAAUUAUGAGUGCAAUAUUUGUUUAUUUCUUUAAGAGUUAAGCCUUCAUACAUUGUAAUAAAAUGCAGUACCACACUUAUUAUGAGUUGUUGAAGUACAGUGUGUAAUAUAUAUAUAAUCAAUAAAGUGUUUUCAUUUGGUUUGUGUUUA